GCUGGGCGGCCGGCGGCAGACUUGACGGGAGCCUGAGGCGUGGAUGGCGACUCCGGAGAACUCAGCGGCCGGCGCAGUGCGGCGGGUGUGCGGGCCGCGCGGCUUCCCUCGGCGGCGCCGCUCCGGGCCUCGGCCAUGCCCUCGCUGUGGAGAGAAGUGCUCCUGGAGAGCCUUCUGGGAUAUGUUUCUUGGUCUCGGCGAUGGCUUGGGACUGAUAUCUAUUACUUUCCCCUGCAAACACUAGAACUCACUGGGCUUGAAGCUUUUGCCAUAGCAUUUCUUUCUCCAUUAUUCCUCACAAUUCCUCCUGUCUGGAAACUGGUUAACAAGAAGUGGAUGGUAGCCCUGCUGUGGAUAAUUACCGUUGGCAGCAUAGCCUCCUUCCAGGCUCCAAAUGCCAAACUUCAGCUCGUGGUUCUCGCGCUCGGUCUGUCUUCCUCACUGGUAGUGCAAGCCGUGGCAUGGUGGACAGGAAGUGGUUUGCAAAGGUACUUCAGAAUCUGGGGAUUCAUUUUAGGACAGAUUCUUCUUGUUGUUCUCCACAUUUGGUACACUUCACUGAACCCAGUCUGGACUUAUCAGAUGUCCAACAGAGUGAUACUGACAUUAAGUACCAUUGCCACACUCGAUUGCAUUUACACAGAUGGUGUCUGCUGUAGACCUGAGGGGAAGAAGUCUGAGGAGGCAGCCAGGGUGAUGGCUUCUAGACCGAACUGGUUGUUGGCAGGGGCUGCCUUUGGCAGACUCAUGUUCCUUACCCACUGGAUUUUUGGAGAAGUCUCUCUUGUUUCCAGAUGGGCAGUGAGUGGGCAUCCCCAUCCAGGGCCAGAUCCUAACCCAUUUGGAGGUGCAGUUCUGCUGGGCUUGGCGAGUGGAUUGAUGCUUUCGCCUUGUUCAUGGUUUCCUGGUUCCAGUUUAACCUGGUGGAUGACAGGAGCGACCUCGGCUGUGGGUCUCCUUUACCUGCCCACGUGGGCAGCCGCUCUCUCUGGCUGUGUGCUCGCCCUCUUCACGGCGUCCAUGUGGCCUCAAGUGCUUGGACACCUUAUCAGCUCAGGGUCAGGCCCUGGGAAAGCCAUGACCACUGCCAUGAUAUUUUAUCUUCUAGAAAUAUUUUUCUGUGCAUGGUGCACAGCUUUUAAAUUUGUCCCAGGAGGUGUGUACGCUAGAGAAAGAUCUGAUGUGCUUUUGGUGACAGUGAUGCUAAUUAUUGGACUGAAUAUGCUAUUUGGUCCCAAGAAAAGCCUUGAUUUUCAUCUUCAAACCAAAAACAGUCCUAAAAUGCUUUUCAGAGAGAGUGGAAAAUACAUGAAACUUGUUUUGUGGCUGCUUGUCAGUGUGAAGUUGUUGGGAUUAGGACUACGGCAUAAAACCUAUGAGAAGAAAUUGGGAAGAGGGGCACCAGCCACAGAGGUCUUUGCCGCCAUCUGGCCUUUCAGGUUUGGCUUUGACAGUGAAGGAUGGUCUAAUUUAGAAAGAUCAGCUCAACUGCUCAAACAGGUAAGUGCAGAUCUCAUAACAAUUUUGGAGAGCUAUGCUUCUAAGCUCUAUAUUGGGAACAAUGACCUGACCAUGUGGUUAGGGGAGAAGCUGGGUUUCUAUACCGACUUUGGUCCAAGCGCAAGGGAUCACACUUGGGGGAUUAUGGUUUUGUCAAGAUACCGCAUUGUGAAAUCAGAGCAUCACCUUCUUCCGUCACUAGAGGGCGAGAUUGCACCAGCCAUCACUCUGACUGUUAACAUUUCUGACAAACUGGUGGAUUUUGUUGUGACCCACUUUGGGAAUCACGAAGAUGACCUCGAUAGGAAACUUCAAGCUAUUGCUGUUUCAAAACUACUGAAAAAUAGCUCUGAGCAAGUGAUAUUUCUGGGAUAUAUCACUUCAGCACCUGGUUCCAGAGAUUAUCUACAGCUCAUUGAACGUGGCAAUGUGAAGGAUAUUGACAACACAGAUCAAGACAGAUGGUGUGAAUAUAUUAUGUAUCGAGGGCUGAUCAAAUUGGGUUAUGCAAGAAUCUCCCAUGCUGAGCUGAGUGACUCUGAAAUUCAGAUGGCCAAAUUUAGGAUCCCUGAUGAUCCCAUUAAUUAUAGAGACAACCAGAAAGUGGUCACAGACCCCAGGGAAGUUCCCGAGAAAAUUCACUUCAAUCCCAGUCCCAGCGGACACAACGAUCACCAGCAGAUGAAAUGUUUACUGAGUUUUUGUUACAUGUUGGAGACAGCGCUAGAUCAUCAAAGACAAAGCUCCUGUUCUGAAGGUAAGGCGGCCAUACAGAGCAGAGGUUUCUCACACAGGAGGGUGGGGCCUGGCAGAGUGGGGAGGCCCACUGGACUUGGGAGGAAGGAGAGCUGGAUCAGCUUAGCUCUGAGCCAGGACUCUCCUGGUUGCAAGUGAUAGAAACCUGAUUUGAAUUACAAAGAGGGAAUGUAUUGUCAUGAAACCAAUCUCCUGGAAGGGAGGGGAUCUGCCAGGCUUCAGAAGCAAUUGGGACUAGAUAGCCAUCAAGACAAGGUCACUGCACUGGCUAUGUCUGGAGAGCUCUUCCCUCCCACUUAGUUUAUCAGCUACUCAUUAUUCUUGUGUCCAGUCACUUCCUCAGGAAAGCCUCCCCUCCCCUGACUCAGCUCCCUGACUGAAUCUCACCCAGAGACCUGGCUGGUCUCUUCAAGCCUUUGGGGCAAAUUAGAAAAAGGUGACCCUUUUGCAUGGACAGCGUCAGGGUGUGAAGAAUAGGGUCCCCCUUCCUCUAGGCACAUACAGCUUCACACCAGGCCUCAUGGCUUGGUGAGAAGACUCGAGAUGGGCUUUCAGCCCACUUGUCCCCUUGGCUGUGCUGCUUUGCGCAGUGUACGCACUGGCUUAUCAGCUGUGGACCCUGCUGUUCUUGGCUAGCCUGAAUGGCUCUUGGAGACCCUAGUCUUUCUGUUGAGCCUCUCCUCAGAACCUGUGCCCGUCUCAGUGAGGGACCACACAGUGGCAGGCGAGAGACUGAACUUGCAUUGUCGAAGAGAGAAGUUGGAAAACCAAAGAAAUAAAGUGAUGUGGUGCUCACAAAAAAACCCUGUAGUCUAUUGUAUAUUCUCAGAAGACUACCUUUUCUCACUACUUGUCAAAAUAGGAGUUUUACUUUGCAUGUUUAUUUAAGGAAUGUCUCCCCUGCAAACUUGUA